GUCCCUCUGGCGCCUUAGCCUCCCUAAACCCCACUCUCUCUCUAUGCGCAACCAUGACCACCAAUAUGGGUCCACCGCCACCGCGCAACCCUAACGUCUCGACGGAACCCGAACUGAUAACCCAAGAAGAAUCCGAACCCACAACAGUCAAAACCUCAAGGGAUCCCCCCCAAAAGCCCCCAGUCCAAGAAAAGGAAUCAACUAGUGAUUCAGAACCAAAUUCAGUUGAAAAGCCGUCAAGCUCGGAGCUUUCUUCUGUGCCUUACGCAAUCCCUCAGUGGAGCGAACCUCCUUCUCACCAUUUCUUCCUUGAGGUCCUUGAAGAUGGCUGCGUCAUUGACCAACUUAAAGUGUAUGAGAAGGGAGCUUAUAUGUUUGGGAGUGUUGAUCUCUGCGAUGUUGUGCUCGAGCAUCCCUCUAUUUCACGGUUUCAUGCCGUGCUUCAGUUUAGGAGCAGUGGUCAGGCCUCUAUUUAUGACCUUGGCAGUAAACAUGGCACUUCUAUCAACAAGAGUCAGGUGACGAGAAGGACUUAUAUGGACUUACACGUGGGUGAUGUCAUUCAAUUUGGCCAUUCGUCUCGUUUGUAUAUUUUCCAAGGUCCCUCAGAGUUGAUGCCACUGAAAAGAAACCAAAACUUGGGUCCAGCGAUGGCUGACAAGGAGCUAGAGGUCCGAGAUGAGCUUGCCGAGUCGCUCAAUGAUCUUUUCAGCAGCCUCUCCACCAUGGUCAAGUCCGAGCUCCAGGGGACUAACAAUAUUUUGGAGCUAUUGGAGAAGAUGAAUUUGAAGGUGGCGGAAGAAUACAAAGGAUUUGGGGACGUGGCAUCUGGAUUAAGAGUAUUUGUGGAACAGUUGAAAAACAAGAGUGGAAACUUUGAUGAGUAUGUUCAACAGAUUGAUACAAUAGAACAACAAGUUACUGAGUUUGAAGCUGUGAUUUCAGUUCUUGAUAGAUAUGUUUCUUUGUUGGAAUGUAAAGUACAAUCAGUGUACCAACAUCCACCUCCUUAAUAGAUUUUAAUUGAGGUUGUGUGUGUGUUUUUUUUAAGAAUAACGAACUGUUGGUUAAUGUAAAUGAGUACAUGUCUGGAAAUAAUAUAUAAUGGGAUUUGGCAAACUUUUUGAUGUU